UUAUCUGGAUUGUCCGCGCUUUCUGUGACACUGAAAUCAAUCGCUGGAGCUGGUGGCUCAGGGCAUUAGGGUGGUACCCAGCCUUGCCCGGCGCUGGCAAAGGAAGAAAAGGGCUGCUCAAGAGGGAUGCUACACCAUGCACAGUGCCCGGCUCCGAGCAAUUUAAGGUGCCAAGAGCUAAGUCCACCCGGAAAGCAGCAGCGCCCCUGGGGAUCCACACGUCCCCACCCACCGGGCUCCCCCACCAUCCAUGGUCACCUUUCUUCCCCGGUUGAGGCAGUUGGAAGUCUGAUUGUCCAAAAUGCUGCAGUUAAGUCUCACGUCUACCUUUUCGAUGGGGUUUCAUCUGCUAGCUCUGCUUGCUCUCUUGCUUUCCCAAGUUGACCACGUAACUGCCGAGAUAGAAAUGGAGGGAGAAUCAAAUGACACCGGUGAAUGCACUGGCUCCUAUUACUGUAAGAAAGGGGUUAUCCUGCCCAUUUGGGAACCCCAAGACCCUUCUUUUGGAGACAAAAUUGCGAGAGCGACCGUGUACUUCGUGGCCAUGGUGUACAUGUUUCUCGGAGUCUCCAUCAUCGCCGACCGGUUCAUGUCCUCCAUCGAAGUCAUCACGUCGCAGGAGAAAGAAAUCACCAUCAAGAAGCCCAACGGCGAGACCACCAAGACCACGGUGAGGAUCUGGAAUGAGACCGUGUCGAACCUGACCUUGAUGGCCUUGGGCUCUUCUGCUCCUGAGAUCCUGCUGUCGGUCAUUGAGGUGUGUGGCCACAACUUCACGGCGGGUGACCUGGGUCCCAGCACCAUCGUGGGGAGUGCGGCCUUCAACAUGUUCAUCAUCAUAGCUCUCUGCGUCUAUGUGGUCCCCGACGGGGAGACGAGGAAGAUCAAGCACCUGCGCGUGUUCUUCGUGACGGCCGCCUGGAGCAUCUUUGCCUACACGUGGCUUUACAUCAUCCUGUCCGUCAUCUCGCCCGGCGUGGUGGAGGUCUGGGAGGGACUGCUGACCUUCUUUUUCUUCCCCAUCUGCGUCGUGUUCGCUUGGAUCGCCGACCGCAGGCUCCUGUUCUACAAAUACGUGUACAAGCGGUACCGGGCCGGCAAGCAGAGGGGCGUGAUCGUGGAACACGAGGGUGACAGGCCGUCCUCCAAGACGGACAUCGAGAUGGACGGCAAGGUGGUCAACUCGCACGUGGACAACUUCUUAGACGGGGCUCUGGUCCUGGACGUUGACGAGAGGGAGCAAGACGAGGAGGAGGCGAGGCGAGAGAUGGCCAGGAUUCUGAAGGAGCUGAAGCAGAAACAUCCCGAAAAGGAAAUCGAGCAGUUGAUUGAAUUGGCCAACUACCAGGUUCUGAGCCAGCAGCAGAAAAGUCGAGCAUUUUACCGCAUCCAAGCCACCCGCCUGAUGACCGGAGCUGGGAACAUCUUGAAGAGACACGCGGCUGACCAAGCUAGGAAGGCUGUCAGCAUGCACGAGGUCAACACGGGCAUGACAGAAAGUGACCCCGUCAAUAAGGUCUUCUUUGAGCAAGCUACCUACCAGUGCCUGGAGAACUGUGGGACCGUGUCCUUGACCAUCAUCCGCCAAGGGAGUGACUUGAACAGCACCGUGUGCGUGGACUUCAGAACAGAAGACGGCACGGCCAACGCUGGCUCGGAUUACGAGUUCACCGAGGGCACGAUCGUCUUCAAGCCGGGAGAGACCCAGAAGGAAAUCAAAGUCGGCAUCAUCGAUGACGACAUCUUUGAGGAGGACGAAAACUUCCUCGUGCAUCUUAGCAACGUCAAAGUGUCCUCCGAGGCCACAGAAGAUCGCAUCCUGGAGGCCAAUCCCCUGUCUCCUCUCGCCUGCCUCGGCUCCCCGGCCACUGCCACCGUCACCAUCUUUGACGAUGACCACGCGGGCAUCUUUACGUUCGAGGAGCCUGUGAUGCACGUGAGCGAGAGCAUUGGCAUCAUGGAGGUGAAGGUGUUGAGAACGUCUGGCGCCCGAGGGAAUGUCAUCGUGCCCUAUAAAACUCUGGAAGGGACGGCCAGAGGCGGAGGGGAGGACUUCGAAGACACGUGCGGAGACCUCGAGUUCCAGAAUGACGAAAUUGUCAAAACAAUAUCAGUCAAGGUAAUUGAUGAUGAGGAAUAUGAGAAAAACAAGACCUUCUUCCUUGAGAUCGGAGAGCCCCGCCUGGUGGAGAUGAGUGAAAAAAAAGCCCUGUUAUUGAAUGAGCUUGGUGGCUUCACAAUAACAGGAAAAUACCUGUAUGGCCAGCCUGUCUUCAGGAAAGUUCACGCUAGAGAACGUGUGAUUCCCUCUACCGUAAUCAACAUUGCAGAGGAAUAUGACGACAAGCAGCCGCUGACCAGCAAAGAGGAAGAAGAGCGGCGCAUCGCGGAGUUGGGGCGCCCCGUCCUGGGCGAGCACACCAAGCUGGAGGUGAUCAUUGAAGAGUCCUAUGAAUUCAAGAAUACCGUGGACAAACUCAUUAAGAAGACAAACCUGGCCCUCGUGGUGGGGACAAACACCUGGAGAGAACAAUUUAUUGAAGCCAUCACCGUCAGCGCUGGGGAAGAUGAUGACGACGAUGAAUGUGGCGAGGAGAAGCUGCCCUCCUGUUUUGAUUACGUGAUGCACUUUCUGACGGUGUUCUGGAAGGUUCUGUUUGCCUUCGUCCCCCCUACAGAAUACUGGAAUGGCUGGGCUUGCUUCAUCGUCUCCAUUCUCAUGAUUGGCCUGCUGACGGCGUUCAUCGGAGACCUGGCUUCUCAUUUCGGCUGCACCAUUGGUCUGAAAGAUUCUGUGACGGCCGUGGUGUUUGUCGCCCUUGGAACGUCAGUGCCAGACACAUUUGCCAGCAAAGUUGCAGCCACGCAGGACCAGUAUGCGGACGCAUCCAUAGGCAAUGUCACUGGUAGCAACGCGGUGAACGUCUUCCUGGGGAUCGGUGUGGCCUGGUCCAUUGCCGCCAUCUACCACGCAGCCAACGGGGAACAGUUCAGAGUGUCCCCCGGAACACUGGCUUUCUCUGUCACUCUCUUCACUAUUUUUGCUUUCAUCAAUGUGGGGGUGCUGCUGUAUCGGCGGAGGCCAGAAAUUGGAGGUGAGCUUGGUGGGCCCCGGACUGCCAAGAUCCUUACAUCCUGCCUCUUUGUGCUCCUGUGGCUCUUGUACAUUUUCUUCUCCUCCCUGGAGGCUUACUGCCACAUAAAAGGCUUCUAAAGGAACAAUCAGAUAUAGUAAAUUUAUAUAUAAAUAUAUAUAUAUAUAUAUAGAUAUACAUGUAUACCUAUAUGUAUAUCUAUAUAUAUAUACAUAAAAUUAUGUAUAACGGACAGGGGAAACGGACAUCUGUCACGUUCACUUACCUGCUGAUGGAAUCCAGCUUCAAGAGCAUACUCUGUACUAGGGCCGGAGUUCAGAAACCGUCACCUCCCAUUCCCAGGCCAUCAUCAUGUUGCACAAGUCAUGGAGGCAGAGGGCUGUCUUGCAGCCACUCCGUCCUUCUUAGAAGGGUUGUAACUCUCUCCAACUUCAUCAAGGGUUAGGGUUUUGCUUUCGUUUUCUUGUAUUUUGUUUUGUUUUCAGUGGGGCUGGGCAGCUGACUGCUGAGUUGGCUCUUAUUUUUGUUUUAUUUGGCUUUGUUCUGUUGGGAGGGGGAGGGUCGUGCUUCUCCUUAUCGGAGGCCGUGAUCAAUCUGUCCAAAGGCGAAGGGGCUGGGUUGGGGGUAAAUGUUGAAAUCCGUUCAGAUCCUUCUCACUUCCUCCGGAUGCUUUAAAUGUCCCUUUGGAAUAAGGAUUGGGGCAUGGAAGAAGAAAGAAGUAUGUCUUCACUGUAUUACCAAAUUUUGUUUCUCCCUGGAAUGGGAGCAAAGGUGGAGGCACCUCCAAGACGAAACAAAGAAGCUGGAAUGGAGCCAAGAGAAGCGAUAGUUCUAGACACAGUCUGAUAGCUGAGGCUAUGGUGCCUGGCAUCGUUGUCCAACAGGUACACGGAUAAUGUGCCUAGAUUCCCAGGAACCCCGUAGAACCCUUCAUUCCUUAUCUCUGUAGCUCAAGACUGGGUAGCACAGCAAGGCCCUUGGUCUUUCCAGCCCAGCUAACUCUCCAGGCAUUCCAUCCCAACCUCCUUCCUCCUGCCCCACCCGUCUCCAUGCCAACAGGACAACUAACCCUAUUCAAAAGCCCACCAUCAACCUUGUUCCAUUUUCAUCAACCUGUGCCCAGGUCCCACGUUGCCGUCGCCUGGGAUUUUGUCUGUCAGUCUUAGUUUCCAAGGCAUCCAUGGCUUGCACAACCCUGUUCCAGUCAGGACUGAACAUUUGCUCCUUCUUCACGUGCCUGUUUGGGAAUGUUGUUGUGAUACCCGUUACACAGUGCAUGGAUGAAAAAAAAAAAAAUUAAACAAAGCGUAUCUGUAUAUAGUAGAGCCUAGCAAAUACUGUUCUCCCAUUCAGUGAUGUUGAUUGGACAUUGAAGACAUCAGUAUGUUUUCUUUUCACCUGAGUUGUUCCUUCUGUGUUGUUACUCAAUCUGAAUACUAUUAGGGAUGAAAGAAAAUGGCUUAUUGUUCAUGAAUCUGCACGCUCCUAUCUACGAAGCAAUAACUGUGAGAGGAGAGAUUAAAGUUAGCAAGAGGCUGGCAGGCAGACUGCAGACAUCUUCAUGGACUAUUAGCUAUGUAGGACACACCCGAGGCCGCUAAUAACCCCCAUGCAUUCAGGAAGGCCAAAGAGAAAGGCACUGGAGAGAAGCGGGUACCAUAGAUGUGCCUGGACUUUUAGAGCCACCAUCUCUUCACCACCCCUUCCCCCCCCAAAAGUAUUUAUUGCACAUCUGCUCUGUCUGGCACAGGUGACGGAUGCUGGCUUGGUUUAUUUUAUAUAUAUAUAUUUUUAAUGUAGAAGUCUGUUUUGAGCCCUGUUUCUUUCAACUUCUUGUCCAGACCCCUCUGAAUCUAGCAACACUUCUGCAGUGGUAAUGAGGCCAGGGAGACCAAUGGGCCUUUGAAAAGUGCCUCUCCUCUAUGUCUGACUCAGAAGAGGUGAUCCAGUAAGAUUGGUGCCUCUCAAGAGGACUGACUGCACUGGGGAGCAAAGGAGCGGGUCUUUCUUUUUACAACAACACAGAGCAAGGAUAAACCCAACAUUCCAAAAUAGUGAUUUCUCUGAUCAGGGAAAAGGGAACAACUUUGCCCACCUCUCAAGAGAGGUCUCUGUUUCUGCUACAGGCAUUCCUAGCCAGCUGCAUUGAUUCGAAGACACUUAGGAAAUAAACACGGUUGAGACAUGUUAUCUCUUCCUAUUCAGUAGUCAUAACCAUUCAUCAUGUAGUAAAUAUUUAGUGAUUGAGUGAAUAACUAAAUGCUGGUUGCCCAGUCAACAGGCCACAUAGUGUGGCCUCUGUUCGGGGGCUGAACAAAGACCAAGAUAGCCCAGAUUCCUGCCCCGCAGGGGGUACAUAGUGAAUGUGAUUGGUAUCCCAUGAGAGAGAGAGUUAACCCUACUGAGAGGCUUCUGUAUUGCAAGGGACGGAACACAUAAUCAGGACUUUCUUUUUAACAAAAUUGCAUUAAACUGUAAAAAUACAGUUGUCAAACAUAGCCAAGGUUUUUCUUCAGGAAAAUAUAAAGCUUACCUUUGAAGGAGUACCCUCUAUCCUUGCCUAACCUCCAGAUGUGUACCUUUCCCCACUUUGGACCAGGAAGGACAACAAACACGACGUUCAUCCAUGUCACCGAGAAGGCCCAGUUAGUUAACCUGUCCUCAUCUUUGUGGCAAUGGUACUUUCUCACAACUCACUGCUAUCUGUCAUGGGCCACCAACACUGGUGACUUCUGGGGAACACCUUUAACUCAAUCUGGUUUUGUUUGGUUUUAGAUGUUAAAUUUUAGAUAUAUAUUUUCUAAAAGGGAAAGUUAGCCUAGAAAUAGCAAAUGAAUAUAGUCCGGGGAUCUUUAGCCAUAUUUGGAAUGUCAAUAAUGCCGAGUGACUCUUCAGAGAGAACUUCAUGAAAUUCAUGCUUUGGGUUAAUUUCCAUUUCAAAGCCUUUUCAUUGGUUUGCCUUUUCAGUUUUAUGCUAUAGGGAAAGUAUGAUGCUGGGUGAUUUUUUUUUCAGAGUUGUUAAUUAUGUGUAAAAUUAUUUCCUUUAAUCCAUUUGAUCCUUUUAUUUUUGUGUGUAUUGUGCACAGCAUUAGGGGCAAUUACACUACUCAGUGUGAUGUUCCUUGUCGAUGGUAUACAUGAUUGACACAGAAAACAAGAAAAUAAAGUUGCUCAUUGUUUCAGAUCUAAUCACUAGUGAUACGGCAAAAUCUGUGCUAUGGAAUGUUUCCUCCCUCUGCCUUGUCACCUCCUUCAUUUUUCCUUUUCAUGUUUUGAAGAAAUAAAGACCAAAAAGGCA